AUGUCUCCCGCAGCAUUGGAAAAGGAGGACCAUCAGCGCGAUGCUGCCUUCAACAAGGCCUUGCACGGCAAGUCCUCCCAACAAACGGGAGGCUUCCUUGCCAUGCGCGGCAAGGACCGCGAUGCGAAAAAGCUUGCUGUGGACGAGUACUUCAAGCAUUGGGACAACAAGUCUGCUGCCCAGGAGACAGAGGCUACUCGUGAAGCUCGACGAGCCGAAUAUGCCACUUUGACACGCCACUACUACAAUCUUGCCACCGAUCUCUACGAAUAUGGAUGGGGUACCUCUUUCCACUUUUGCCGCUUCGCCUAUGGUGAACCUUUCCACCAAGCUAUCGCUCGUCACGAACACUAUCUUGCUCAUGUUAUGGGGCUCAAGGAUGGAAUGAAGGUGCUAGAUGUUGGAUGCGGUGUCGGAGGACCUGCUCGUGAAAUUGCCAAAUUCGCCAAUGUCAACGUGGUAGGCUUCAACAAUAAUGACUAUCAGAUCGAGCGUGCUACCCGCUACUCUGAGCGCGAGGGUCUUGCAAACCAGGUCACCUUCCAAAAGGGCGACUUCAUGCAAAUGCCCUUCCCGGACAACAGUUUCGAUGCCGUCUAUGCUAUUGAAGCCACAGUUCACGCCCCUAGCUUGGAGGGUGUUUACAGUGAAAUUCGUCGCGUCUUGAAGCCCGGUGGUGUCUUUGGUGUCUACGAGUGGCUGAUGACUGAUGAAUACGAUAAUGACAACCAGGAGCACCGUGAAAUCCGUCUCGGUAUUGAGCAAGGUGACGGCAUUUCCAACAUGGUCAAGAUCUCAGAGGGUCUCGACGCUAUCAAGGCCGCUGGCUUCGAUCUUCUACACCACGAAGACUUGGCUGAUCGCGAUGACGUGGUACCGUGGUACUACCCACUUUCAGGAUCCUUCAAACAUAUGCAAUCUGCUUGGGAUUUCCUGACCAUUGCUCGCCUUACUUGGUGGGGCCGUGGUAUCGUACACCGUUUCGUUGGUGCUUUGGAGAAAGUCGGGGUCAUGCCCCAUGGCACGCAAAAAACCGCUGACAGCUUGGCUUUGGCUGCCGACUGCCUGGUUGCUGGUGGUGAAAAGAAACUUUUCACACCGAUGUACCUGAUGGUUGGACGGAAACCAGAGUAA